AUGGAAAUGUUGAGCUCAUUACGUGAAACUUUAUCAAGUGUUCAAAUUGAAUUGAGCAGCGGAGUUGAAAAAUUACGAAAUAAUGUUACUGGAAAUAUUGUUGCACAGCAAAAGUAAGUGUUUUUCCAAUAUUUCUCUUUUAAAUUUGAAUAAUCCAAGCUUACCCAAUUGUCGUCAUAUUCUUCCACUUUUUCUCUAAUUCUCCUCUCUUUUCCCCUUUUUUGUUGCAAAAAGUUUCAUUUCAUUCUUUUCUAUCGACUAAAAUGUCAUUUCUUUGGGGAACUCAGCAAAUGCAAGUUUCUUUUUGUAAAAUUCAAAUACAUAAUUAAUUCCAAGUUUCAGAGUUUCAAGUGAUUCGAUAAAUGAAGUGUUGAAUACAGCAGCUGGAAAUGAUUUGUUGACCAAUUUUCAAGGAAUGAUUGCCGAAAUUGAGGAAAAUUCAGCUGAAGGUGGAAGAUUGGCGAAUUUAUGUAGCACAAGAAUGGGAAGAUGUCAACAGGUGAGAAAAAUUAAUAAUAGUCUAAAAUGUCUGAAUUUAAAAAGGUUAAACGUUCAGAUGUGCAAAGAAAAAGCGGAUGCAGUUAUGGAAAUCGAUAAUUUCAUCCGAGAUUCGAAUGAAUUCGAUAAAAAGAUAAGAGAAAUUACGAGCCAAAUCACAAAAUUGCAUCGAUUUUGUAAUCAAACUGAACAAGCAAUGACAUAUUUAGAAGCACUUUGUCAAGUUAUUCGAACUGAAGAAGAAGUUGAUUUGAUUAGACAACAAGCAAGAUCAGCUGCGACAAUUGUUCAAAUUGAAUGUGAUUCACCAAAUAUGUUAACAAGUUAGUUUAUUUUACUCAAAAAAAGGGGGGGUGUUGGAAUUAGCUGAAAAGCUCAAAUAGUCUUCUGGGAAGCGAGAUUUUUAAAAAAAUUUAGUGCAAGUAUGUACUUUUCAAGUUAUAGAGCUCAAAAAAUGUUCGUCAAAAAAUAAUAAUACUUUUAAAAACGUUAUGAUUGUUCUAUAACUUUUUUUCCAAAUCGAAUACGAUGAUUAUUUUUCAGCGGCUCUUCGCAGUCGACCUGAAGAUCAAGCAAAAUCUCAACAAGAAGAAGUUAUGCUCGAAGAAUUUUUGUCGUCAAAAAAACUUGAAAUUCCAUAA